GUUCCCUUUUCUGCGCUUUACACAGUAUGGCCGGCGAUAUUAGCUAGCACUUGCUUUACAGUAUUCUCUGUAAAAGGGAAGACGGUUAAACCAAGAAAUUACACCUGGAUUGCUAAAGGACUGUACUUAAUAAAUUAUAACGAUCAAACAAGGGCUAAUUCAAUUGAAAACGUAACCGACGUUUAAUUUCUGUUGGUGUCUGUUAACUCACGAUGGAAGCGAACGGUGCACACUUCUUCGAGGGAACCGAGAAGCUGUUGGAGGUGUGGUUCUCCCGACAAGAUGAGAUCAAAGGAACAGGGGACCUCCGUACCAUCCCAAGGUUUGAGUGGGACAAACUUCUGGAGAAUGUGCACUGUUUGAUCAUAAGUGUGACAAAGACCGACAAGCAGGAAGCUUAUAUACUCAGUGAGAGUAGCAUGUUUGUCUCCAAGAGACGUUUCAUUUUGAAGACGUGUGGAACCACCCUCUUACUGCAAGCACUGAUGCCCCUGCUGGAACUGGCCAGGGAGUACUGUGGCUUUGAUGCUAUCGAGAAUUUCUUCUAUUCUCGCAAGAACUUCAUGAAGCCUACCCAGCAGGAGUUCCCUCAUCGGAACUUCCAGGAGGAAGUGGAAUUUCUCAGCCAGAUUUUCCCAAAUGGAGCAGCGUACUGUAUGGGACGUUUGAAUUCUGAUUGCUGGUACCUGUUUACUCUGGAUUUGCCAGAGUUCUGGGAGAACAAGCACGCAGAUCAGACGCUGGAAGUUCUGAUGAGUGACCUUGAUCCAGCAAUUAUGGAUCAGUUCUUCAUGAAAGAUGGUGUUUCUGCAAAUGAUGUCACUCGUAUGAGUGGAAUUCGUGACCUGAUACCAGGUUCUGUGAUUGACGCCACAAUGUUCAACCCUUGUGGAUACUCAAUGAAUGGAAUGAAGACUGACGGAACUUACUGGACGAUCCACAUCACUCCAGAGCCAGAGUUCUCCUAUGUCAGCUUCGAAACCAACCUCUCUCAGACGUCCUACGAUGAUUUGGUCAGGAAAGUUGUGGACAUCUUUAAGCCAGGGAAAUUUGUGACUACGCUGUUUGUUAACCAGAGCUCCAAAUGUCGCAGUGUCUUUUCUUCCGCCCAGAAACUUGAGGGGUACAAGCGCCUCGACCGCCAGUUGGCCCAAUUCAACGAUUACAAUUUUGUCUUUACCAGUUACGCCAAGAGCCACCAGCAGAGUUGAGGAUUAAGAAUGAAAAAGAAGCGAAAAAAGAACCACUGCUGCGUAGCAGGGCUAUGCCCCCGCGGCGGCCAUCUCUCUGCCCGAGCAGAGAGGCACAGUCCCCUUUGCUGCCAUUGUUAUUCAGGAUUUAUUGGUUCCGACGAGGCCACAGGCCCUACUAGUGUAACCUCCAGUUUGAAUUGUUGUACCUAUAACUUAGAUCUCUUGCAUGAAAGCUCUUUUCUCUGUUUAGAUAUUCUAGCUCACUCUUGCUGUGAUCUUGAAGUGCAUGUAGAGGAUUUAAACACUCUCUGUUUGUUGCUGGCCAGC